AUGAUUUUAGAUAUUAAACCCUUUCAUCUCUGGACCCUCUCAUCUAAUGAAGCCCAUCUCUGUCCUACGAGAGCACUUGCCGCUUGGUUUGAUGAGUCCCAGAUAACGACGGGCUAUGUUUUCCGAAAAAUGGCAUCUGGUGACCGGAUAGCAGUGGCAAAUAACCCUAUGUCUUCAGAACAGUUCUUAGAGCUGUUUCGAAACAACCUUCUCGACAUAAAUAUUGACCCUGCUCCUUAUGGCACUCACUCGUUUCGUCGGGGGGGCUGCCAAUAUUUGCAUAUAGAAAGGCGGUGGCCCUUGAGAAGGAUUUGUGAGUGGGGCGGGUGGAGCACUGAAUUCACCAACAUGACAAUAGUCAAGUAUCUUAUCUCCUCGAAUGAUGACCCUGCAGAGCCAAGGGACCAUUUUUUCAACCCCAACCAGCGCCCAGCUGUCAAGUGUCCGCAGUGUGGCCGAUGCUGCUUAUGUGCUUGA